GACUUCGAUGCGUUCAUCAACAAACCAAGUUUAGCUGCGGUACAUUUCGGUGCAGAAUGGGCGGACGUUUGCAGUCAGUUGGAUUCAAUUCUUGUGGAAUUAAAAGAUGAACUGAAAUCGUUCGAUUGCGCCCGCAUCGAUGCCGAAGGAGUGGCUGAAGUGUCGUUGGCAUACAACGUGAAAGCGGCACCUACCGUUGUUAUAUUUAAGCAGGGCAAAAUUAGUCAGUUACAGGCGGGCAAAGAAGUGGAUCGUGUGAAUGGUUUCAAUCCAGCCGAGAUGAAAUCGGCGAUUCUGAAACUUAUGAUCGAUGAAGGUGUGCCUUCUCAUUCAACCAAGAAUGUGCCAGAUGGCAAAGAG